AUGCAUACGCGAGAAAUGAUCAUACAAAAAUUUGCAGAAGUGAAUUCACCUUUUACAUUUGGCCAAGUUGUUAAUGAUAGAAAAGUUUCUUGCGAUUUCAUUGAGUGGGCGCUGCUGAAAAUCGAUCGUAGGCUAGAAAACUUUGCAUCGCAAAAUAAUGAAAGGAUUUUUGCGUUUAGUUCAAGUAAACCACAAUCAGAAAGAGUUCAAAAUUUGGUUCGAAGGGUGGCUUUGAUGGGAUUAUGUAAACCAGCGGAAACAGAUUUAAUUGAGGGAACUGCACCUCAUGAUCGUUUAAUUGAAUUCUAUUAUAACCUAUUUUCCAUACUAAAAAUUUCUCGGAUGCUUAACAACGAUGAAAUCAAAUCGGAUGAAUUAGUGAAAUCUUGUUCUUUAAUGGAUGGUUUAGCCACAGAUUGUGACUUUAUGAGUAAAGUUGUAGAUCAACAAUUUGAAUUGUUUCCAAGAGACGUAGAAUUGAUGAUUGGCAAUGCAAAAUGUAACGGUAACAUAUGUAGUACACUUCAAAACUGCAAGGAAAAAGAGAUGCAAUUGGUUUAUAAUUUACAAACGGAAUUGAAUUGCAUGCAAGAACGGCAUGCAUACGAACAAGAUUCGAAUCAGCAAACCUUGAACAAACUUGCUCAAGUCACUAAAGAACUCACGUUCCAGCUGGAAAGAUUUUACAAAAUAUAUGAUAAUGAGAUUGAGCCUUGGGUAAGAAAAGACCCAAAAAAAAUUGUUAAUGGAUUGGGCUCUCGGGUACAUGAAGCAAAUUUAAAACUUGAUAAUUUGCGGCAAAGGCUUGAAGACUUCGAAAUUAUCCACACAUCAUAUAAAGAUAUUUCUCACCUUUCAAGCACUAUAAAACCACAAACAGCAGAUAAUGAUCAGAUAAAUGUGUCAUCUGCGAAAUCAAAUAUGAUUGCAAUCAAUAACUGGGGCGAAACUGGUUUAGAGGCAAUAGAAAGAUUACAUAAUGUUGAGAGAGUGUUGAGGGAUGGUGUU